AUGGGUGGGUUUGGUUUUGGGUUCGGAGUUGGUGAUGGACGAGAAGAGGCGAUAAGUUGGAUUAAGGACGUUGGAAUUAGGAAUAAAGUAACAGUUAUAAUAGCUCGUUCAGAUAUCAAAACAGGCAAGCGAGGAAGAAGUGAUAAAUUAAUAUUUGGUUGUGAUAGAGGUGGAAAAUACAAAAAAACAGAUAGCGAAACCCAAAGUGCUAGUAAGAGAUGUGGUUGUCCUUUCAAAAUUAGGUCAACACCGUCGAAAGAUGGUUCUGGAUGGAAGAUCGAUGUAAAAUGCGGAGUACACAACCACGGCUUACCUGAUAGAUUUGAAGGUCAUGCUUUCGUAAGUCAACUAAAUACAGAUGAUAAGCAACAUAUUGUUGAUUUGACAAAACGCCAUGUUCCACCAAGACACAUAUUAUUGUCAUUGCAAGAGCGUGACCCGGAGAAUGUCACUCGGAUCACGCAAAUAUACAAACAUAAGAGUAAGAUACAAAAAGACAUAAGGGGUCCUAGAACAGAAAUGCAACAAUUGCUCAAGUUGGUUGAAGAAUCAGGUUAUGUUUACUGGAGUAGGAAAAAGGAUGAGUCAGAAGUUACAAACAAGUACAGGCAACCGUUGUUUGAAAUAGUUGGUAUGACAUCAACUAAAUUAACAUUUGCUGUUGCAUUUGCCUAUAUGGAAUCUGAGCAGACAGAGACUUUUUGUUGGGUAUUGGAUAAGUUGAAACAGUUGUUUAUCAAGCAGGAUAAUUUUCCUCAAGUAAUCUUGACUGAUAGAGAUCUUGCUUUAAUGAAAGCCAUUGAAACAAUAUUUCCAAAGACAGCUAAUUUGCUUUGCCGAUUUCACAUCAACAAAAACGUGAAAUCAAAGUGUAAGGAACAUGUUGUGGAUGAUAUGCGAGAAACAGUGGAGAAAAUGUGGUUUGAACUGAUAAAGGCUAGUGAUGAGAUGGAGUACCAUCAACGGUUGAAACAACUUGAGGAUGCAUGUGUUGACUCCAAAGGUUUUAUUGAUUAUGUGAAUGACACGUGGUUGACACCGCACAGACAUCGAUUUGUCGAAGCAUGGAUCAAUCAAGUGUUACAUUUGGGCAACACAACAACAAAUAGGGUGGAGUCUGCGCAUUGGAAACUUAAGCAAAUGUUAGAGAAUAGCUUAGGUGAUUUAUGCAAAUGUUGGGAGGCUAUGAAUGACAACAUCAAGAUACAAGUGGGCAACAUUAGAGCUUCAUUUCAGAAGAGUUUUUAUGAAGUUGAGCAUGCACAUACUAGUCCUUUUUAUUCAAAUUUGCGUGGUUCAGUAUCAAGAGCUGCAUUGAGGCAGAUUGCUGAAGAGUGGUUGAGGAUUGACAUGGUGGGUACCGAUACGCAAAAGUGCGGAUGUACUCAUAGAAAAGUAUAUGGGUUACCAUGUGCUUGUGAGUUAGGGAGAUAUACAUUGAGUGGUGAUGCGAUACCAAUUGAGGCUAUUCAUAUUCAUUGGAGGAAACUAAGUAUGGAAGGAAAUCAAGAUAUAGAUGCAGAUGAUGGAUCAGAAAUAGACAUGACAAAUGCAAUCGAUGAAAUUUGGAAAAUGUGGAGGUCAUUAGAUGUUGUCGGAAAAAGAGCAUUAAAAAGCAGAGUGUGUGAGAUUGCUUAUCCAACUACAACAAAGAUGUGUCCACCGCCUGAAAAAAUUAAAACCAAAGGAGGGGUUAAGAAAAAAGGGAAGAGACCUGUGGGAUAUGAUGUUUAUCGUGAUCCUUCAGGAUAUGAGUAUGUUGAUCAAUCACAUUUGAGUUCUCAAAAAUCUUCAAAGAGGUUAUAUUCACAACUAUCUCAAACCUCAAAAAAUAGAGAAUUUGAUAAAUACAUUGUACAAUUUCCAGAUUACAUCAGACCAUUUAUUGAUGACAUUGUUGAUGUAAUGGAUGAUGGAAAUUGUGGUUUUAGAGCCAUUGCAUCUUUGCAUGGUUAUGGCACAGAUGGAUGUGAGAUCAUCGUUGGUGAUAGAAAAUUUAGGUCAACAACCACCAAAUAA